GUUUCCUGUGAGAGAGAGCGCCAGAGAGAAACCAUGGCGGCUUCGAACGGGAGCGAGUACUUCGAGUUCGAGAUGGGGUCGAGGAACGACAGUUUCUCGCGGUCGAGGAGAGAGGAAGUGGAGGCGGACGAGGAUGAGCUGAUGUGGGAGGCGAUCUUGAGGUUGCCGUCGCAGAAGAGGACAAACUUUGCGCUGAUGAAGAGGUCGGCCUCGGAGGCGGAGGGAGAACAAAGGACGGACACGAUUGAUGUGAGGAAGCUCGAUCGGUUGAAUCGGCAACUGGUGGUGAAGAAGGCUUUCGCCACCACCGAGCAGGAUAACUUCAAGUUGCUCUCCGCCAUCAAGGAGCGGUUGGAUAGGGUUGGACUGGAGGUGCCUAAGGUUGAAGUAAGGUUUGAGGAUUUGCAUAUCUCGGCGGAUGUGCAAACCGGCUCAAGAGCUUUGCCUACUUUGGUGAAUUUUACUCUUAACCUCAUGGAGAAUCUUCUUACCACUGUGGGGCUUUUUCGUCCUAAGAGAUAUUCCUUAACCAUCUUGAACAGCAUCAGUGGUGUUGUCAAACCAGGAAGGAUGACAUUGCUCUUGGGGCCUCCAGGCGCUGGGAAAUCCACCUUGCUUUUAGCUCUUUCAGGGAAGCUGGCUGGUAACUUAAAGAAAAGUGGAAGAAUUACAUACAAUGGCCAUACAUUUAAUGAAUUUUGCAUUCAAAGGACAUCUGCAUACACGAGCCAAACAGACAAUCACAUUGCCGAGCUAACAGUACGUGAAACUUUGGACUUUGCGGCGAGAUGCCAAGGUGCAAAUGAAGGUUUUGCAGGAUAUAUGACUGAUCUUGCCCGUUUGGAGAAGGAAAGAGACAUUCGUCCAAGUCCAGAAAUUGAUGCUUUUAUGAAGGCAUCAGCUUUUGGUGGUAGAAGCCACAGUAUUUCCACAGAUUAUGUCUUGAAAGUGCUUGGUCUUGAUGUAUGCUCAGAGACGAUAGUCGGUAAUGAUAUGCUUAGGGGCGUUUCAGGUGGUCAAAAAAGAAGAGUUACAACAGGUGAAAUGAUUGUAGGCCCGAGGAAAACCCUUUUUAUGGAUGAAAUAUCUACUGGGCUUGAUAGCUCUACAACAUUCCAAAUUGUUAAAUGCAUUGGGAAUUUUGUUCAUCAAAUGGACAGCACGGUGCUAAUGGCUCUGCUUCAGCCUGCCCCAGAAACGUUUGAUCUGUUUGAUGAUCUGUUGCUAUUAUCAGAAGGACACAUUGUGUAUCAAGGUCCCCGAGCGGAAGUGUUAGAGUUUUUUGAGUCAUUAGGUUUUCGAUUACCGCCCCGUAAGGGUGUUGCUGAUUUUCUUCAAGAGGUCACCUCUAAAAAGGAUCAAGAACAGUACUGGUCUGAUCCUUCAAGGCCAUAUGUUUACCUUCCUGUUCCAAAAAUUGCAGAAGCAUUUAAGGCUUCCAGAUUUGGAUCGUCUAUGCAAUCCACUCUUUCUACUCCAUUUAAUAAAUCUGACAGCCAUCCCGCAGCUCUGUCCAAGACACGGUUUGCAACAUCAAAAUCAGAGCUGUUUAGAGCAUGCUUUGCCCGAGAACUUUUACUGCUCAGCAGGCAUCGUUUUCUUUAUAUUUUUAGAACAUGCCAGGUUGCAUUUGUUGGAUUAAUCACAUGCACGAUGUAUUUGCGAACAAGAAUACAUCCAAGAAAUGAGGCAGAUGGAGAACUGUACCUUUCUUGCCUGUUUUUCGGGCUGGUGCACAUGAUGUUCAAUGGAUUUUCUGAGUUACCCAUUAUGAUAGCACGACUCCCAAUCUUUUACAAGCAAAGAGAUAACUAUUUUCAUCCUGCAUGGGCAUGGUCUGUGGCUAGUUGGAUCCUUCGUUUACCUUACUCUGUUAUUGAGUCUGUUAUAUGGUCUUGUGUUGUGUACUAUCCAGUCGGUUUCGCUCCAUCUGCUGGGAGGUAUCACCUGUUUAUCCACUUUAUCCUUGUAGCUCUUAGUCAUAUUUCCCACUUUUCUUUCUUAAUUUCCCUUUUUUCUCAUUAUCUUCUCUUGAAUGUUUUCAGGUUUUUUCGUUUCUUGUUUGUACUCUUUUCAACGCACCAAAUGGCACUGGGUCUCUUCAGGGUGAUGGCUGCUUCUGCACGAGAUAUGAUUGUUGCCAAUACAGUUUGCUCAUUUGCGCUGCUAGUUGUACUCUUGUUGGGUGGAUUCCUUAUUCCAAAAGCCUUGAUUAAGAAAUGGUGGGUUUGGGCUUUUUGGCUGUCACCGCUGUCCUACGGGCAACGUGGAAUUUCUGUAAAUGAAUUCACUGCCACAAGGUGGAUGAAGAGAUCUGUUCUUUCAAAUGACACAAUCGGGCAUAACGUUCUUCAGGCGCAUAAGUUACCCACUCAUGAUUACUGGUAUUGGCUUGGAGUUUGCGUUUUACUAGCUUACUCGGUUCUUUUCAAUUACUUGUUGACUUUGGCCUUGGCUUACCUCAACCCUCUUACAUCAGCCCAGGCAGUGCUUCGAACUGAUGACGAGGAUGGUGGAGGUAAACCGAAAGCUGCUGAGGAAGGAAGUAAAAAGAAGGGAAUGAGUCUCCCAUUUCAACCAUUGACAAUGACUUUCCAUAAUGUCAAUUACUUUGUUGAUAUGCCGAAGGAAAUGACGGCAAAAGGUAUACCAGAAAAGAGGUUGCAACUAUUGUCAAAUGUCAGUGGAAUAUUUUCACCGGGUGUUCUUACGGCAUUAGUUGGGUCAAGUGGUGCCGGGAAGACCACUUUGAUGGAUGUGCUUGCUGGUAGGAAAACUGGUGGAUAUAUAGAAGGGGAUAUUAUGAUAUCCGGCUAUCCCAAACAGCAGCGCACUUUUGCCAGAGUUUCUGGUUAUGUUGAACAAAAUGAUAUACAUUCUCCUCAAGUAACAGUUGAGGAGUCCCUCUGGUUCUCUGCCGUUCUCCGCCUUCCAAAAGAAGUCAGCAAGGAGCAAAAACUUGAGUUUGUCGACCAAGUGAUGAACCUAAUAGAGCUUGAUGUUCUAAGGCAUGCUUUGGUUGGAAUGCCUGGUAGUACUGGUUUAUCAACCGAGCAAAGGAAACGAUUAACAAUUGCAGUAGAGCUUGUUGCAAAUCCUUCUAUAAUCUUUAUGGAUGAACCCACAUCUGGACUUGAUGCAAGAGCAGCAGCCAUUGUGAUGCGAACUGUUCGUAAUACAGUUGAUACUGGAAGAACAGUAGUCUGCACCAUUCAUCAACCAAGUAUUGAUAUAUUUGAAGCAUUUGAUGCGCUACUUCUCAUGAAACGAGGAGGGCGAGUUAUCUAUGGAGGGAAGCUUGGCAACCAAUCACAGAAUCUGAUAGACUAUUUUCAGGGAAUUAGUGGAAUCCCUCCUAUUCCUGAUGGUUACAAUCCAGCAACUUGGAUGCUUGAGAUCACUACACCAGCUGCUGAGGAGAGAAUUGGUGAAGACUUUGCAGACUUGUACAGAAAUUCCGAGAAUUUCAGGGAGGUCGAAGCUGCCAUUAAGAGUUUCAGUGUUCCACCUCCUGGCUCUGAGCCAUUGCAUUUUCCUACCACGUAUUCACAAGAUGCCAUAACCCAAUUCCGGACUUGCCUUUGGAAACAAAAUCUUGUGUAUUGGAGGAGUCCAGAGUACAAUGCUGUCAAGAUAUUAUUUAGUACAAUAAGUGCGCUGAUAUUUGGUUCAGUUUUUUGGGAUGUUGGUUCCAAAAGGGAUUCAACGCAAAGUUUAGUUAUGGUUAUGGGAGCUCUUUAUGCUUCAUGCUUGUUUGUCGGAGUUAAUAAUUCUGCUUCAGUACAGCCAAUAGUUUCAGUUGAGAGAACGGUUUUCUAUAGAGAGAGAGCAGCUGGAAUGUACUCUCCUUUUCCUUAUGCAGCAGCACAGGGUCUUGUGGAGAUUCCAUACACGAUAUUGCAGACAAUAGUUUUUGGAGUCAUAACGUUUUUCAUGAUCAACUUUGAAAGGACAGCCAGAAAAUUUUUUCUAUAUCUUGUGUUCAUGUUCCUCACCUUCUCCUACUUCACCUUUUACGGGAUGAUGGCUGUUGGCCUCACACCAAAUCAACAAUUGGCAGCCGUAGUUUCUUCUGCCUUUUACUCAUUAUGGAAUCUCCUCUCAGGCUUUCUUAUUCCCAAACCACGUAUCCCGGGAUGGUGGAUCUGGUUCUACUACAUCUGCCCAGUUGCAUGGACGCUACGGGGAAUUAUCAGCUCUCAACUUGGUGAUGUGACAGAGAUAACAAUAGGACCUGGAUUUAAGGGUGCCGUGAAUAAGUAUUUGAAUGACCGGCUUGGCUUUGGUCCUGGAAUGAUCGGAGUUUCAGCAGUUGUGCUUAUCUGCUUUUCUGUCUUAUUCUUUAGUGUCUUUGCCAUCUCUGUCAAGGUUCUCAACUUCCAGAAAAGAUAGAUUGGAAGCUCCUCUCAUAUCUCGAAUACACCGUCAUCAUAGUAAAAGGAAGUCGAUUGCUAGCUGGUAGAGAAUAUGAUGUUGUUGUAGCUUCAAGGAGAUAUCGGAUGUUGGGAUAGCGUUAGAAAUUUAAUUAAUACAGUAGUAGUGAGUUUUUUGCUGCAUCUUGUGUAACGCAAUUGGAUUCACCGUGAGAGUUAACAACUCUGUUCCAUCAUCACCGCAAUAAAUUUGAUUUCUUUUAUUGCA